AUGAAAAGCCGGCGCCGACUGCCGGCGGCGGCUGUGCGUAUCCCCCUCAUCUGCCCCAGGCGCGGCGCCCCUGCUGCAGAGGCUCCUCAGGUCGUUUGCUGCGGCUGUCCUACGCGCCACGAACGCGCCUACUGGCCCUCUCUACGACAGGGUACUCCUCUCCCCAUAGCUUCAUCAUCGGUUGCACCAGCAGCCGCUGCAGCAGCAGCAGCAGCAGCAGCAGCGGCAGCAGCAACAGCAGCAGGAGCAAGAGCCGCAGCAGGAGUAGACCCACAGCUGCGCUGCUCGUUCUGCUGUGCUGCAGGUACUCCUCUCCCCAUAGCUUCAUCAUCGGUUGCACCAGCAGCCGCAGCUGCUGCUGCUGCAGCAGCUGCCGCCGCAGCAGCAGCAGCAACAUCAGCAGCACAAGGUCACCAACAAUAUAUUGACUCAUUCGCCGAGGCAGAUCAGUCUUAUUCACAAUCAGCAGAAGUAGAAGCAGCAGCAGCAGCAACAGAAGACGAAGAGUCAGCAACACCAUCAAUCCUCUCAGCAGCAGGCCCAGCAGCAGCAGCAGCAGCAGCAGCAGCAGCAGCAAAACCACUGUCUCCAGCAGAAGCAGCAGCAAACCCAGCAGUUGCUUCAUCGGGUCCCGCCUCAGCAGCAGCAGCAGAAGCAACAGCAGCAUCCGGGUCUGCAGAAGCAGCAGCAGCAGCAGCAGCAGCAGCAGCAGCAGCAGCAAAUCUAGGUCAAGAAGAAGGAACGUCACCAGGCUUCGUGUUACCCCCCUGGCUGUCUUGCUGCAUCAGCAGCAUCGUCUCCUUUCUUGCUUCUAUAGUGCGUGGGGCCCGCAGAGGUGCUGCUGCUGUUUCUGCUGCUGCUGUUUCUGUUGCUGCUGCUGUUGCUGCUGCUGCAAACAGCCGCGGCGAAGAGCAGCAGAAUCAAGAAGACAACGAAGCCAGUAACAAGCACGACACAGAAACGGUAGCAUCAACAGCUGCAGCAGCAGCAGCAGCAGCAGCAGCAGCAACGCGAACCGCUGCUGCAACAACUGCAGCAACAGCUCAGCAGAAAGCCGUACCAGAAAAGCAGCAACACCUGCAGCAAAACAGCAGCAGCAGCAGCAGCAGCAGCAGCAACAGCAGCUCCCGGAGCUCCCUCAACGGCAGCAGCAGUAGCAACAGCACACGUGCAGCAUUAGCAGCAGCAGUAGUAGCAGCAGCAGCAACGUAA